AUAGUCGUUUUCUGUGCCGAGCUCGACGUCCCAACGACCAACGAACCAACUGUGACAGUCGCCUUCCACAAGGUUCUUCUGAACCAGAGCCAGAAAGAGCUUGAGAAAGACGACGACGACGACAAAGAGGAGAUUUUUGAAAAGGAGCAAAAGCGUUCGGGUGACACUGCGGAGGCUGAGGCAGAGAAGCAGCCCCCUGUGCCAGAACCGGAGCUAAAGGAGGCUCCCCCAGUCCGUUCCCAGGAGGAAACAGAGGAGAAAUGGGAAGAGGAGGAGAGGCGUUUAAGCGCUACGAUGUCUGGUGCAAAUCAAGACACACAAAAUGCAAGCAUUUCCAGGGAUGAAAGUGUUCAAUUGCCUGCAACAAGCCAAGGUUAUGUUUUACCUGAAGGGAAAAUCAUGCCAAAUUCAAUUUUUGUAGGAGGAAUAGAUAUAUGGAUGGAUGAGACUGAAAUCCGGAGCUUCUUUGCUCGAUAUGGCACUGUUAAAGAAGUAAAAAUAAUCACAGAUAGGGCUGGUGUGUCCAAGGGGUAUGGAUUUGUAUCGUUUUUGGACAACGUUGAUGUACAAAAAAUUGUUGAAUCGCAAAUAAACUUCCAUGGAAAGAAACUCAAGCUGGGACCUGCAAUAAGAAAACACCCGAAUUUAUGUACCUAUCAUGUGCAGUCUAGGCCAGUACUUAUUAAUUCACCCACACCUCAGUUCCACAGUGUUUGGAGUAAGCAAGAGACAUAUAUGCAUCCUCCAGCUGUGAUGAGCCCUAUAACACAAUAUGUUCAGGCAUAUCCUUAUGGUUCACCAACUUCACUAAUUCAGCAGCAAGUCCCUGUAGGAUACCAACCAACUUACAAUUACCAGGUUCCACCCCAGUGGCCUCCUGGAGAGCCAAGAAAUUACAUCAUGCCUCCGCUGGGAAA